AUGUCUCGUGCGGGAUUCAGCAUCCGCAAACUCAUAACACAACGGCGGACAUGGCCCGACUCAGAUAGCGACAACGAGGAUGCAUUUGAGUGUUCCAGCGCCAAAACGAUCCGGAUGCAAUAUGAACUGGAGCAGUAUCAGCAACAACAAUUGCAAAAGGAGCUCCGUCAUGCGCAUAAAAGUCGGUCAUCAUGGAUGAGCAGCAACUCGUCGCCGAAGCGGAAAACUCACAAGAGAGUCCCCAAGCCCAUUGUUGUUGUCGGACACAACAGCAAUGGUGUUAUGGUGCACAGCGCCAGCGCCAAUAGGAGGAUCUCAACGCCUAUGCCAGCGUCGGCCCUAUCGAGUCUCAUGAGUCCCGGAACACCUCACUCGAACUCUUCGGACAGUUCUUUGGGUUCUUGCGGUGGUGGCAACAACAGCCAACGACCUCACCGACAUCAACGACAUCAUUCCGACUCAAAGGCUGCCUCUCCUGCCGCGGGUACACACUCAAAGCCUCGCCUUUCAACACCAACGAUGACGACUGGGUGGAUAAGUCCAAGCAGUGCUCUUUGUCCGGCGGCAACACCAACUUCGGUGACAAAGAACUUGUCACAUGAGAGUCGCCUAUUCCUGAGUCCUUCAGAUACCGUCUCACGGAGUCCUGGGUUGACCCGUGGCAAUCAGGAAGGGUUAUCUUCUGAACAACCGACACCCACGGCCAACAACAGCCACGCGCCCAAUUUUAAGACACCCACCAUCGCGAAGACACCUGCUAGCUCUGCCGUCAUCACCACCAACAAGAACCUAGUAGCUAUGCACAGCCAUCAACAACAAAACCCCCGAUACGUGAACAGCGCCGAGUCAUACACCUUGAACCCACCCCUGUUGACGGAAGAUGCCAGGGAUAGGCGCGUCGGAGGUAAAGAGGUUCCCAGGGCGGUGCAAACCCCCUCGAAGGCAUCGCAUGAAGACGACAAUAACUACGAUGGGUUCCUUGAAAGCAAGGAUUAUGAGGACUGCAAUCACCUGCCUGAUAAUGUGCAGCAGUUGAUCUGGGAGACCGAUGAGGCCUUCAAGGCUGUUAGCACAGCUCUGGCAGAAGCGAGGCUCGCUUCCCAAUCGCAUCCUCAGUCGAAAGAGCUGCAAGCACAGGUUCAGCAACUGCAACGAGCAUCGCAGGUGUUGCAGACACAAACGAAGAGUCUUGACACCACCAUGUUGCAGACACUGCCGUCGACCACUUACCAGGCCCCAACGCCUCGCACUCGAAAAGACUCCGGCGUGACGUCCCCCAUCUCACCGACGCCCGGCCGAGGGAGCAUAACCUCUUUCCCAAGAAAGAACAAAUCAUCUCCAGUAUCCACGUCUGAUAAUAUCCUUCGUUCACCCACCCAUGCAACCUCUAUCAAGAAGGCCAAACGAAAGUCUCCUGCGAGACCCAGGACACCUCGUUCAGCAACGGUGCCAACACCGACCACAUCAACCUGGCCUGACACGCCAGCACCUGCUGCCAAAGCAACUACGUUCGGCCCGUCAUCCUCAAACACGGCAAGCAGCAGCACCGCUCAUCGGCAGCAAAACUCGUACCGCUCGCUUUCUCGAUGGAACCUGAAAGCAGAUAAUGUCACUGAGAAGCUGUUCAACAGCUCACGCGGACGUUUUGGGUUUCACAAGAUCGAGGCUGAUGAGGUCGUGACGCCGGGUCAAGUCCAGCAGUAUAGACAGAGCAGGAUUGCGAAGGCUGAGGCUGAGGCUCAAGCGGAGACGAGGAGGUCCAACUCCAACGAGUCGUUGCGCAGCACUGCUGGGAGUGUUGGUGGAGCCGUAUCCGACAGCAACAGCGUAAACACACCUGUCGAGCCAUUCCACCUGCAGGACUUGCCGUCAAGGAUUGGAAACUCUGGCGCGAACCUGGGCGUUCUGUCGCCGGUUGCAGAGGUGCUCACACCAAAGUCGUCCACCUUUGACCUUGAACAAGACGCCACUCGGAAGUCGAACACGACUGAACCAAAGACACCCACGACUGCGACAAGGCAGCCAAAACAGGAGCAGACGCCACUGGCGACGCCUCCUCCCACUCCUCCACAGCCAUCGCCCAGCAUUUCUGCUACACGCUUCUCUGCUUCCACGCCAUCUCCAGAAGAGGACACCAGCACGUUCUUCAAAAGCCACUCAUUCCCGGACCCACCACUCAAGGACUCGCCACAGCGACCCACGCACAAGCGCGGAAACUCUUCGAGUUCGCGCAUUCCCCUCCUGCCUACCAUUCCUGAAGUUCGCAUCACAUCGCCCCAAGGCCAGAAUGAGCGCAGGCCAUCUGAGAUGCACAUGGAUCAACCGAGCCCGCGUCUGAGCUUUUUGGACAGCCCAAGCUUCGAGGAGGAUGAUGAAUACUUGUUCUUCAAGUCAGCGCCGUUUACAGCAACCAUGCCAGCCUUUGAACACGGACGAAUUCGCCUCGCCAAGGCCGAUCUCGUCAACGCCGGUACAAUCAACUCUCUCGAGUCAAAGCUACUGUCUUCGCCCGACGAGACGCUCGACUGGACGGCGUUCCAGAUGGCCAUCUUGGGGGGCGCAGGAGAUUUCUUCAGCGACCCCAACGACUUCGGCGCUCGCGAUGCCCAAGAAGAGAUGGUCGAUGACCUGUGCGACUGGCUGGAGGGCUUCGGCCUUCCCACCGGGGCACUGGGGACGUUGGUCAAAGCGGAAGAGGAGAAGGUGCCGACGAGGAGCCCAGUCAUGCCUAACCCCCCAGCGCAAGUGUCGGCAAUCAGCCCACCUGGGUCGGGCAGCCGAUCCUUCCAUGACCCUUCGCGCAAUCACAGCAUCAACCACAUUGUCAGCGGAAGCAUCUCUUCGUGCCCCGGUUCGACACGGUCGAGCGGUGAGGUGAGCGAGGAAGUGCAAGAGAUGCUGCAGGUGCAGAGCAUGCCGAUCCCGAUAACUUCUGAGCAUCCUUCGGGGUUCUGGAACACGCGCCCCUUCGAUGCGGCCCGGUUCUAUACGGGCGACGGGUGUGGGAUCAAGAGGUGGACGCUGGAGGGCCACCCCAAGAGAUACCAAGGGCCGGGUAUCGACGUGAACAAGGCAAACACGCUCCAGCGCAGGAGCCCCAAGCCGUCUCCUAAGGGGCUGGAAGGGGCACGAGCCAGGCUGAGAGAGGGAGUGGACAGUCUCCCGCAGAGCCCGAUGCUAGACCUUGUCAUGACGACGGGGGUGGACGGCAGCAAGGAGUAUGUGCCCAUGGGUUACAACCUUGGACACGACCUGGGCGACUUUCUGAAGUGGGAGUCGGAGAACGUAUACGCGACGGCGUUUUAUGGAACCGACUGA